GCCAAGAUGCAAAGAGCACACAAUCCAAAACUCCUUGUCUUUGCCGACCUAUCUAUCGUAGUUUUGCAGUACGGUGAUAAUAGCUCCGACCAUGGCAAAGGCCAAGACGAGUCCUUACUUUGAUGCCAAGAAUAAGGCAAAGGCAGCAAAGAAGAAGUCACCUAAUAGCAAGGCAAAGGAAAAGAAGGGAUCUCCUGAUAAGAAACCCAAGAAAAGCAGAAAGAAAAAGGAUGAAGAAGAGGUGGGUACUACCAGCCGUUUCUUUUUAAAGUCUCCUUCGAGUGUGUAUGGGUCUGUGACUUCUUUGGGUCCUCUGAUUUGUACGUGGAUUCCACCGGACCGGUUGGAUCUCUUGCAAGUUCCUCCCAUCUGCCUUCGUGCUACCUCUACUGAUGCUACCUCAGCUAAGAAGACGGAGCAUGAGAUUUGCAGUGCUUGUCUUCCGGUGAUAGAAGCAGCAUUGGUAGACUUUUCGGAUUGUCUGGUCUUUAAAGACAGGGGGAGAGUCAUGAAGUUGACUACCACUCGCCAGGACAAGACGGACUUAUCCCGCUUGACUUGUGUCGAAUGGGUCAGCCGCAAUGCCGAAGCGAACGUGCGCCACCUCUGCCAGUACCAAUGCUACCUACGUGCCUACUGUCCACGCAGAGAAUGGUGGCUUAUGAGAACAAAGCUGACCAAACACUUACUACCAGUAAACAACAUGAACUCAUCACAAGCACAAGAGAAGAAAGAAUCAACCUUGAAAGCGUCCAACAAACCCAUGAAUGCCCUGCUCCAAAAUUGGACCUGCCAGCUCGUACCAGUCUCGGUACCACCGCUCAAAAAAGUCAAAUGCCCCAUCGUGUAUUCGCCCCCUAAGCAGGAACAAAAAGUAAGGGAUAAGGCAUUCCUACAGGCUCCAAAAGUCGUCUUUUGCAACAAAGACACAGACGACGAUCCCAACCUCACCCCCACCAAAAAGCUGAAGGUCAAAGCCCCCAAGCCCAUUGACACACCCACCAAAGCCAUUCACGCGUUGGAACAGGAGUACCAGACCAACCAAACAAAGGUUGCUACCGUCGGUGCUGCCAUUACUACUAUUGUUGGCAAUAGUAUACUGCACACCACCAACACAUGUCGUGACGACAGGACUCUUGCAACGCUGCUACACAGCACCACGACCGCCAACGCCAACGACACCAUGGAACGGUUUCGGUAUCAACUCUCAAACUGUACCAGGAUCAAUGACGUCCGGGGCCACUACACACGACCACGUUGCUGUUGCAUCUACUCGCCCUUGGGGCUCCUCGAAGAAAUUCUAGUGCACGAUCCCUGGAAACUACAACUCGCCACGAUCUUUCUACAGAGAACAACCCGCAAAAAAGCGGAACCCAUCUUUCUUCAAUUUCUAGAGCGGUGGCCAUCGGCAGAACGCGUCGCCGCAAAGUUGGAGGAUGAGGCCGACCUAAAAGCCUUGAUAGAUCUAUUGGAGCCCUUGGGAUUGCACGUGAAACGAGCCAAGGGAAUUCGAAAAUUUUGCGGGGCAUUUUGCAAGUUGGAGAGCGAAAAAAAGUCUUGCUACAAUUUUACACGAAAGGACGUCAAGAAGUUGCCUUAUUGCGGGGAGUAUGCGGCCGAUGCCUAUCAAGUCUUUAUUCGACGGGACUACAACACACCCCUACAGUCGAAUGAUUAUGCCUUGAAGGGAUUUGUCGAGUGGCAAAAGAGUAUUGAAUUACAACAGCCGUCGUCAUCAUCAUCACAGCUGCCACAACGACAACAAGUCGCCCAUCAUGUCGCCACAACAACCACAAGCAUGGAGCGAUCCGACCAUUCCAACAGUAUUAUGGAGAAAGCACAAGACUGCCAAACGAAGCCACAAUUUCGCAAGCAAACGGCGGGUCCUGUCACCUCCACAAACACCAUGAUAACAACACACCGGCAAGAUCAACAACAGAUUGUUGAGGCCGAUGACAACGCCGUCAGGAUGGAGAGUGACAAUGACAUGAAUGAUCCCUUGCCAACCUUGGAUCACGAAAGCACCAGCAGCCGCCAGAAUGUUGACACGGAGCAGCCGAACGAAGACAACCAACAGGAGCAGCCGCAAAAGAUGGACGCAGAUGACAGCAUCGGCAACAAGAACGAGAGAGAUGACGACAUGGUUCAGGAGGAUGACCAGUUGGCCACGUUGGAUCAAGAAAGCAGCCGCAGCGACACGGGGCAUCCGAACGACGACAACCAAAAGGAGCAGGGCGACGAGGAAACGGAGCAGCAUCAAAAAUUUGAUGAGGAUCAGGCAACGUGCAGCAAAGGAGACAACGACAAAGUUCGCAACAACCACUGCGACGGCAACGCUUCGAACCACGGUGACAUGAACAAGAGUGUCACAACAGAAACAAACGACGACAUGGACGGCGAGAAGAUGCUUACGCAGCUGGACGGUGAUCCACGUGACAGCGACAGCGACAGCAACCAGAGCAUCGAGCCCAGAGGGGACGACGGUUGCGGCGGCGGCAACCAUGCUGAAAGCUACGACAAUGCCAAAAGCGGUAGCAACGCCCCUGAAAUUGACUGCGAUAACGGCAUCUUUGACGGCGAAGACGACGAGAACAGGAUCUCUUUUGACAAUGAUGAGGAUGACGACAGAACGUACUCGAGAAACGACAGAGUGUACUCGAGAAACCUGAUGAACGAUUAUGCCGAAGAGAGCUGGGACGAAGGCUCAUUCAUGGAGGAUGACGAGAGCAGCCUUAGCAGUUCUGAUAGCGUCUAUGAUCUGCAGGUUAUCGCCUGCAAGGACAACAAUGACCAUACAAAGUGCAGCAAGUACGUUCCACGAGAUGAAUUCAUGCGACGCAUCCAGCAAAGAUUUCCCUCUCAAGCAGCGCUGAAUGCUGUAAUGAAUGAAGGCACACUGUAUCCUGCCAUAUUCAUGGAACCCCCAUCUGACGAGGAUCACGCGCAUUGGUACGGGCGCGAGCGACCACCAACCAUGGUUAUGAGGGGCUCAUUACUGCAUAAACCUCCCCAAGUCUUGCGUUUGGAACGCAAACGCAAACGAGGGAAACCACCAACCAUCAUCAUUCCUGGCUCCACAUUUCAGAGAAGUAUGAAUCGAAUCGAAUAG